UUUUAUUAAUAAUUAUUUUUUUGUGUGACCAUCAUUCAUGAAUAGAAAACUCUGAAAUCAGUAUUGAAAUUCUAAAUCGAUUUCAAAAUAAAACACUUGUCAUACAUGUGGUCUCGUCUUCUCCAGCGUGAACAAAUUGCAACUUUAACUACUUCAUUUAAAAACAUUCAUACACUGAAAAAUAAUCAUCUUCGAUCAUUGGUUAUUGUUAUUAUCGCUGGACCUCACAUAUUAUUUGAAUUUUCAAAAAUUUCAAAGUCCUUAAAAAUGUCUUCAUUCUCAUGGUUUAUCAUAUUCAUACCUAAUAUAAAAGAUAUAAAAAAAUAUUGUUACGAGCCACCAGGAAAUAUAUUUAAUUUAUUAUACGACACUCAAAUGUUAGUGAUGUGUGAAGAUGAUCCUAUUCUUCGUGAGUGGUAUUCAAUUGAUGAGAACAAAACUGAAAUAUUGGACAUAGUCAAAUGGUAUCCAGAGAAGCAACAAAUAGGGUUUCCAGCGGCAAUUGAUUUGUUGACUAAUUUAAGUUUGUACGAGAGAAGAAACAAUCUCAAAGGAAAGGUUUUGCGAGCUGUCAUUGUUAAGAAUUCAUUACUAUUCUCAAUGAAAAACAAUAAAAUGGGAGGAUAUUUUAGUUUAGCGAUCACUGAACUUGAGAAUGCUUUAAAUUUCACUCUCAAUAUUGUGGCCGAAAAACGUGAAUUUGGAAGCUAUAACAUGACGACGAAACGUUGGAGCGGAGCAUUUUCUUUAGUAGCUUCUGGAAAAGCAGAUAUUGGAAUAUCUGAUUUCUCAAUGACCAAUAUUAGACUUAAUUUCGUCGAUUAUACGAUUCCUAUUAUAACAACUAAAAGAUGUUUGUUUUUAAAGCAACCAGAGAUGUUCACAGUAAAAUGGUUCGCCUAUUAUAAGGUUUACAAUUUCAUGCUCUGGAUAUCUUUAAUCGUGACGAUGAUAAUUUCUUUAUUUGUUUUGGCCUUUAUAAGAUCUAAAAUAGAAUCGAAUAAUAUGAUUCAAGAGAUAUUCAAUGAAUUUAUUCGAAUUUGGGGCAUUUUCUGUCAGCAAGGAAUUUCAGGAGAACUUCCACGGAAUUUAUCGUUAAAAUUGGCAUACUUCACCAUACUUAUGACUGCUCUAGUGGUAUUUACCGCUUAUUCCGCCUCUAUGAUAUCUUUUGUGACAGCUUGUAUUCGCAAUGUACCGUUUCAUACGAUAGAAGAGUUCAUCGAUGAUAGUUCGUAUAACUUAAUCAUGCUAAAAGGUUCCUCCGAUUACGACAUGUUCAUUUAUUCGAAAGAUUCUGCAUCAAAAUAUAUGAUGUCCAAACUCUUGCCAAUAGAUAAAUUACCAAUCGAUGUAGAAAGCGGAUUUCAAAUCAUAUGUGAUAAUUCCAAGAUAGGAUAUUACAGUGGUUAUACUAAGAGAAUACAGAAAAUAACGCAGAGUUGGCGUAUACCAUGUGAAGUUUAUUGCAUCGAUAUCGGCCCAAUAGAUAGCUUAUCUCUGAUCCUUUCAAAAGACAGUCAAUUUACUUCAAUUAUAAAUUACUAUUUGCAGAAACUUUUAAACUCUGGAAUAUUGAAUCGAUUCAAGAACGAAGAAACUUUCGCGGAGGAAAGUAAAUUUGAGCCAGUUGCAAUUUAUAGUGUUGCAUCUAUUAUAAUAAUCUUUUUCGGUGGUGUUGUAUUAGCACUUGUAAUAUUAUUCAUAGAGAUAUAUUAUAAGAAACUUAAUUCUAAAUCUCUCUAAUUUCAUUUCUUUAUCUUUGUAUUAAAUAUGACUUUUUGCAUAUGAAAUAUCUGGAAGAAUUGAUCAUAAACAAUGGCUUGUAUUUUAAGUUAUUAAAAGUUUGCGCACAAAUAAUUGAAUAAUAGCCAACAUGGUAAAUUCUCAAUUGAUUCUAAACGAAAAAUUUUCAAAAGAAAUGCAAAGAAAAUAAAAACUUUUUAUAAAGAUUUAAUUCACUAUAUAUAUGUAUGUAUCAUAUAUGUAUCAUAUAAUGAUGCAAAAUGCUAUUUCAUCUCUUUAGUUUGUCUUUAACCAAACAUCUAACUUGAAGACACGAUAAUGAAUACAUUUAUAAUAUCAAGAAAUGUCACAUUCAUUCUUCAUACUCUCAAAUUGUGGAUAUAAGUUGUACAUACAACCGAUGUAAAAGUAUGAUAUCUAUAAAUGACAUCUAUAGAAACAUCCAUUAAAUCACGACAUUGUACAUGUUCUAAUAGAAACACGUGCACGUGUGCGAAUAAACGUUCUUAUCUAUGUUAAUCUUUGUAACAAUUUAUAUAUAAUCUGUAUGAUUGCACGGGUGAU